AGGUUAUGCUCGCAUAAAAUUGGCGCCAAUUCGUUGUGUUUAUGUCAAAUCAAGAUCAAUCAAACUAAUGUUUAAUUUAUCAUGAUAGAUAUACAAUUUCUUAACUGAACUCCGUACUCUAAAGAGUCGUGAAAUAUUGUUCGUAAUAUCAAUAAUUAGUAGAAGUUUCUGAUUUAAAAAUAAUCACGAGAGAGAUCACAUAAUGGUUCGACGAAAAUCGGUACCAAGAUCAUUCGCCACACCUGAUUCUGCGGAAAGAAACAGAACAAACGUAAUAGUGAACAAACGCAAAAGAAAAAGCCGAGUACUGCAAGAGAUUAAGCAUCUAAGGAGGACUACGCACUUUCUCAUACCUAAACUACCUUUUUCGCGAUUAAUCAGAGAAAUUAUGAUUGAUUUAUUCCCCAGGCAGGAAAUCAACAAGAUACAAGCUUCUGCCCUCGAAGCUUUACAAGAGGCAACAGAGAUGUACAUCGUACAAUUCUUCGAGGAUGCAAUGCUGUUGGCGUUGCACGCUAAACGGGUUACUCUCAUGCGACACGAUAUGAUUUUAAUGCGCAGACUGAGAGGUCGGGCGGAUAUCAUUAAUAAAUAAGAAUCUCAUUUAUAUAUAUAAUUAAAGUGAUAUUUUUAUAUAUUUUUUUAGACAAAAAGUAUUUUUUGUAAUAUUUUUUUUUUAUGGUUAGAAUGAACGAUAGAAGAGUUUUCAUGAUAUUAAAUCAAAUAUGAAUAAUGACAAAAAAGAGUUACAUAUAAUUAUAUAAAACUUUUUAGUUUUGAUGAUAUUAACAGAUGAAAAUUUAGUUUUACGUUAUGUUUGAUUUGAAUGACAUUUUGAUUAUAAAACAUAAAAAAUAUUAAUUCGAGACUUGAAAACAUGAAUGAUGAAUGCUUAAGAGUUAUCAUAUUGACUAAUGAGAAAUAUUGCGAAAAAUAUAAUCAUAAUGUAUGCUUGUUAUUAUGCUAAUAAAAAACGAAUGUUCGAUAUUUUUGGUUAAAAAAAAAAAAAAAAAAAAAAAAAAAAAA